GGUAAUCCGCACAGUGGAGACAAAUUCAGAACAACCACUGUAAACAACACUUCACUCUGUAACUAACAGUGCUGCGGACGACACAAAACCCAUCAGAGAGGAGCCGAGAAUUUUCUAAUUUUGCAUUUAUGACAUCUACCUGACACUCAGCUAGAAAAACAUCUCACCAGUGACCUCAGAAUAAACAUAACUCAAUCAUCAGCAGCCGCACAAAGGAACACUGAGGCCCAAAAAUGGCAAAGGGAAAGGUGAACGCUUCAAGCAAGACUGACAGUGAGUGCCCACCCAGCUACCAGGAGGCAACUGCAGGCUACGAGGAGAUGCAGGCCCAGUUCUACUGGGAUGACAAGGCUGUCAGGCAGAUCUUCAUCAGGAAGGUCUAUGCCAUCCUCAUGACUCAGCUGUUCGUGACUGUGGGAAUUGUUGCUCUCUUCACGUUUUGCGCUCCUGUGAGGUUUUUCAUACAGACUCAUCCUGGCUUGUACAUGUUGUCUUAUAUGACGUUCUUUGCCACCUAUAUUGCACUGUCCUGCUGUGGAGAUCUGAGACGACAGUUUCCCUGGAACCUCAUUCUGUUAGUUCUCUUUACUUUGAGCAUGGCCUGCAUGAUGGGUUUUGUGUCAAGCUUUUACAACACCAAGUCAGUGCUGCUGUGCCUGGGAAUCACAGCUCUGGUGUGUCUGUCUGUCACCAUCUUCAGCUUCCAGACCAAGAUUGACUUCACAUCCUGUCAGGGCGUCCUGUUUGUUUUGUGUGUGGUCAUGCUCCUGUGUGCCAUCACCCUCUCCAUUGUCGUCCCCUUCGGAUAUGUUCCCUGGUUACACGCCAUCUACGCCGUGAUGGGAGCCAUCCUUUUCACUCUGUUCCUUGCAUUUGACACUCAGUUGCUGAUAGGGAACAAGCGCUACACCAUGAGUCCAGAGGAAUAUAUUUUUGCCACCCUCAACAUCUACCUGGACAUCGUCUACCUGUUCAGCUUCCUGCUACAGAUCAUGGGAGGUGGCCGCGAGUGACGUCUCUAUCAUUAACUCCUUUCAUCCAUGUCUGUCUUCCAGUUUAACUGUUUGGUAGCGUCAACUCUACAAAAUCGUCAAGGUCAAAACGUUUGGAUUCAUGACUUUCAUGAAUGAUCCUAUUGCUCCAGUUUGUAUCCCAGCACAGGUCAGGAUUCAGUAUUACACUACAGGUCUCAUUUAUGACCUUGUAACACUUCAAAGAAUACUACGAAUACGUAAAUGGCAUCUGAAAUAAAUUUGCAUCAUGGAUAUAUUGCAGCAAAGGUAGAACUAUAAAGUGCACAUUUGGUAAACACAGAUUUUGUUUAUAAAUCACAGUUUUGACUUGUUCCUUGUAGUUUGAAGUGCAAAUGUGGGCACAAGAAACCUUUUACAAAUGAGGCCUCAAGUGGUUUGGGCAUCUCUGGGCAUGUGAAGUGAAAGCAGUCUUUUUGUGCUUUGUUUCAAACUGUUUUACAGGCUAUGUCCUAAAAUAGCCUUUACCUUGCUGUUGCCUCACUCCAGUAGUAGACUGUAUUGUUCCUCCUGUUCAUCUGGUGUUGCAUUGUUGUGUGGCCCCAGCCAAUGGUAUGCAUUUAAUUAGCAAUUAGCGUCAUAGUUGGACCAAACUGAACAGCCAAAAUCUGUGUGACCCCAUCACUGUCAAUGAGAUUAUCCCAAAGUGACUCCACAGUUUCACCAAGAAAUUUUCCACGAUGUGGAUUCAGGAAAUCUGCUUUCAAGCUCAGCAGGGUUGAGUUUGUUGUAAUAGCCAACUAGCUGACAAAGCUGUUUGUUAGAUAGUGUAUAUAUUCAUAUUUUGUAUUUGUUUGUAUGCAUAUCAUUAUCACUGACAAAAAAGGUUAAAUAAUAUACCGGUUUUAAUGUUUUAUGUGUGUAGGACAUUUUCACACUGAGCAUGUGUGGAUGUUGUGUUGGAAAAUGUGCGUGUAUCUUGAAUCGGUUUGUUCCAUUUGUCUCAGAUCCUUUGAAACUUCAAGAAACACCAGCUCAUACAUCGAGGGAGGCUGUUUGCAUGGUAGCAUAUUUUUGAUUUAGAAAUCAGUUGCAAGUUCUAUUGUGACUUUAAUGUGGCCUUUGGGAUGUGACCUCAUCACGGUGUCAUAAUUACAAUGAAAUUCUAUCAUUUUGAAAUGUAGAUGUUCAGAAAAUGAGCAUUAGAAAAGGCAGACACACACACACAAACACACACACACACACACAUAUAUGUAAAAAGCUUGGAUGAAGCAUUGAAUUGAUACAAAUUGGUUUUGAAAAGACAAUGUGACAAUGUGUCAACUUGACGAUAUUAAAAUGAAAAUAAACUCGACUCAUGAAUAUUAA